GGGAACUAUAUAAGGAAGGGUAAUCGGUCAGCUCUUCGCAUUUUUUACACUUGACCGCCUUGCCGGUUUGUUUACAUUUUUGUAAACAACAUAAAAUACUUUAGAAUAAGAGUUCAACGGGGUGUAUAACUAAAUUAGAACCGUGGAUAUAUAGAAGAAAAAAACAUUUUGGACUUAUCUUUUUUAUACGUGAUUCAGCAUGUUAUCUGAUGAAAGAAGUGAUUCACUGAAAAAGGAAGAUUCUGUUACUGAGUCAGAGGACUCACUUUCGAUUCCCUCUGUUAUUCGACUUUCUAGCGCAAAAUCGGACGACCUAAACUCAUACAGAAGUAAGUCUAGUUCAGGCUAUGAUCACCUGCUAGAGGAAAUUGAGAUCACUAGCAACCACCCAGCGCAUCCUCAGAAUUGGGCAACUUGGAAGAAAGCAUUAUUGAUCGUUCUCUCGACUUCUUUACAAGCAUACGUAUUUUGGACACCAAAUUUUUAUAGUGGUGUUUCGUCCAAAGUUAGUGAAGAAUGGAACCUUUCCUCACAGACGUCUUUGCUGGGCCAAAGUAUGUUUUUGCUAGGUAUCGCUUUGGGCCCCCUUGUGCUGGGUCCACUGUCAGAUUUAGUAGGACGGAAAUUUGUGUAUAUUGGCUCUUUGUUAGUGUACAUAUGCUUUAACAUCUCUUGUGCAUUGGCAAUUAACUAUCCUCAACUUGUUAUCUCCAUGUUUAUUCUCGGCGCCGUUGGAUCUACCACGCUAGCAAAUGUAGCCGGCGGUGUUGCUGAUUUAUUGAGAAGCGAACAUUCCAAUUGGGGUAUGUACAUGUUUAUUUUCAUGUGUUCGGUUUCAAGCAUUGGUUCUCCAAUGGGUACCGCUGUUUCUGAAAAUCCAAAACUUGGUUGGCGGUGGCUUUACUGGAUUAAUGUCAUUGUAGGAGGGUUUUUCCUACUUGUUUUAGCUUUCUCACCAGAAACGCUUCCUGUUAUUGUAGUCGAACAAUACGAAGCUCGGCGAAACAAUAAACCCAUAUCCAUGUUCCCUAGACUUACUUUUAAAGCUUUGUUUAAAAACACUUACUUUAUUCUAUCUAUGGCCCUCAAGAUUUUCUUGACAGAGCCUAUCGUUACGUCCUUGGGGGUUUACAAUGGUUUUAUAAACGGUCUUUUGUAUUUCUUUUUGCAAGCUAUAUGGCCAGUUUACUCAGACAUCUACAAGAUGUCUGACAUCGCUGCUUCUUCUACUUAUUUGGCUGCAAUUCCUGCGUGCAUCAUUCUCUUAUGGCUUGAACCCCUUCAAAGCUGGCUCUAUCGACGCGACAAACGUAAUAAUAGGAAAUCGAGGCCAGAAGCAAGAUUUAUAAUGACAAUUGCUUUGGUAUGGGGAUUCCCUAUUGGUAUUUUUCUGUUUGCAUUUUCUACCAAACCGACCAUUCAUUAUAUCGUUUCUUUAAUUGCCCUUACAAUGUUUAACAUUGCGGAUUAUCAUAUCUGGCAGGCAAUGCUAUUAUACAUUACAGAUUCCUAUCCUAGCGUUUCUGCGUCCGCAGUCGCUGCUUUUGAACUUCCUUCCAACUUGGGCGGUACCAUUUUCGUUCACCUGAGUGCACUCAUGUUCAGCCGAAUGAAUAUUCAUUGGGCUACAGCAGUCGUUGGAUUCGUUUCUUUACCCUUAAUUGCUUUGAUUUAUAUUCUGUACUAUUUUGGAAAUCGCAUUCGCUCUCGAAGCAAGCUUGCUACCCGUCAUUUUAUCCAACUGGAUUCUUAAUGUCGUUUGCAUCCCGUUCACCUUUUAUGAAUUCCACUUUCUCCUGCACUUGCUUUAAUUCCAAGCGUACUUUGAAUUAUUUUUAAUACCGUUUCAUAUUUAAUGUUGAAUGUCUCCUUCCUUUGUUCAAUAAUUUAUCAUUUUUCUUAUUCAAUUCAGAUUUGUCAGACUUUGAACUAAUGGCAAAAUGUUUUAAUAUCAUGUAGAAUGUGUUCAACGUUAGCAUCGGCUGAGCACUAAAUACAACAACCGCUGUUCUCUUUUUCUUUCCUUCUCUAUUAUUUUUUUGGUGGAUGACAAGAUAACGUUUCUACUUCAUACUAUUUUUUUUUUUAUUUUUUUAAUAAAAAUCAUUUCUCUCAUGUCA